GCUAGACCUCCCCACCCCAGUCACAGCUGAGGAGUGGAGGGGGUGGACGCGCGCUCUUCCUCCUCCACACACUUCUCCCCUUUUAAACCCUACCUGUUUGCCCUUUAAAUCAGUGGUACCUUGCUCCUAUGCCGUGUGAAUGAUGACGAUGGACAGUGGUGACAAGAGUGGCAGCAGCGGCGGCGGCCAGCCACGCCAGUCCUCCAUGUGGAAGUCGUACUUAUACCAGCUGCAGCAGGAGGCGCCCAAACCUGCUGCUGUCCUGUGCACCGACCGGCCACCAGACAGCCCACCCCACUAUGGCCUGGAGUACCACGGGGACAUCAGCUCCAACCAGUGCCAGUCCCUGCUGACUCAAGACGGGGCUUACCUGGUGCGCCAGAGGAACAAGGCUCGAGGCUUCUACACCCUCAGCCUACGGUUCAGCAGGCAGGUGAAGCACUACCGCCUCUUCUAUGAUGCACAGAAGCACUACGUUGGGGAGAAGAGAUUUGACACACUGCAUGACCUGGUGGCAGAUGGACUGGUGUGCCUCUUUAUUGAACAGCGGGCCGGGGAGCAGCUGAAGGCCAUGCAAGUUGCCUCAUAUGCUGACUCCCCUUACUACACCCUCACUCGUGCCAGCAGGGUUCCCAAGUCUCCUGCAGCUGGCAAGGAGAAUGACCUGCCUGCCGUGGACAGAGUGCAUGGGUCAACAUUUUACAUUGGGUCCACCCAGGAGAGGCAAGCUGGCUGCUCCCCAGACUCAGCCAGGGAGGUCAACACACAAAGGCCUCACAGGUUCAAUGUCAACACCUUCAGUGGCCUUAUCUGGUGUGGCUUCUGUGGUCACUUCCUGUGGGGAUUUGUGUCUCAGGGAGUGAAGUGUCAGGACUGUGGCUUCAAGGCUCACAAACAGUGCAGCUUUAAGGUUCCCAACGACUGCUCUCCAGACCUCAAGCACCUACAGAGCAUAUUUGGAGUUGACCUGACUACUAGCCUGGGAGGGAAGGGAGGCCCAGGGUCAUCAGAGGUGCCGGCUGUGGUGACAGAAUGCAUCUCAGAGAUUGAGGCUCGAGGUCUUACAUCAGAAGGCAUCUACAGGGUGCCAGGAUCCCAGGACCAGGUGGAGGCACUCAAGCUGGCCUUUGAGAGAGAUGGCGAGAACGUGAACCUCAAUGAGAAAGCCGUGGGGGACAUCAACGUGGUGGCUGGCGUGCUGAAGCUGUACCUCCGUCUGCUGCCCAUUCCUCUCAUCACUGCACAAUGCUUCACGCAUCUCCAGAUAGCCUGUAAACUGAGUGACCCUGAUGCCCGAGUGUCCUCCAUAAAGGAUUCACUGCUCUCUCUGCCCACCGCCCACUAUUCCACACUCAAGGCCAUCAUUCUUCACUUGGGCAGAGUGUACAAGCACAGCGCAGCCAACAAGAUGACAGCCACUAGCCUCAGCACUGUCCUGGCCCCAACACUGAUCCAGACUGCUCCGAUCACAGAGACUCUACAGCCGGCUGACCUCCUGGCACUGGCCAACUCAUCACAGGAGCCAAGGGUGGUGGAGCUGCUCAUUGUGUACCACCAGGAUGUCUUUGAGGACACCACCACAGCCUGAGGCACACUGAGAAUCUCUUAAAGCUGACAGAUGCUACUUUGCUCGCUGCCUUACCUCAUUCUUCCCAACUCAACGUUCUGGCCUCUCAUGUUCAGUGUCUUAGUGUUCUUGUGAUGCCUUUUCCUCGUGUGAUUUCAAGUCCAUCUUCUGAUUCUUUUCUUCUCAUGAGUUCAUGUGUACUCUUGCCUCUUAAAGCUGAUACUUGGCUGCCUUACCUCAUUCUUCCUGACUUAAAGCUCCAGCCUCUCCUUUUCAUUGUCUAAGCAUUCUUGUGAUGUCUGUUUCUUGUGUGAUCUUCAAUCUUCCUCCUGAUUCUUUCCUCAUGAUUUAUUUUUUUCUUCUCACGAGUUCUUGUGAACUCAGGCCCAUUCUUUUUAUUUCUGCUUUAUAUCUGUUAUCACAUUUCUGCAUUAACUUCCAUUUGGUUGGGUACUUAACAGCUCCCCCAUAGCUUACUCCUUGAAGCAGAAGGAAAGGGAGUGACUCACAUUCUGUUAUUUAUCGUAAUGUUAUUUGUCACUGUUGUAUUUCCAUAAUAUUGCACGGGAGUUGUAGAUGUGUAUGUUUUUAUGUAAAUGUCUAUAUCUUUACACAAGAUUGAGAGUCCUCUUAAAGGGAGGGAACCCAGAGAAGAUAUCGAGUGAGAGGACAACCUUUUUGUUGAUCUUUAUUGCAAAAUUUAUUGUGUUUGUAGUGUUGCAAAGUAAAUCCCUGGAGAAGCUUUUUAAGUGCCAACAGCAUCCCUGAAUGAUGUUUUGAUGCUUCUGCUAAGUGUAAAUAUGUAAAUGACCAAUGACAUGCCUGCAUCAUUUUGAACAGUUGCAUAAAUGGCAUGAGUUGUGUUGUUUGAGGCCCUUUGAUUGUUGCCUGUAUGUUACUUUUAACGUUUUGUGUUUAGAUUCUCUGAACCAUCUCUUUUGUUUCUGUUGUAACAUAAUGGUUAUUCUUGAUCUUUACUACUCCAGGAAAUUAUCAUUUGGCAUCACUGUUCUGAGAGGAAUUUAUAAGAUAUGCAAAAGGUUUUAUUUUGCAAGAAUUCUGUGAUUUCGUGAACUAAGCUUUAACUUGCAAUAUAUUGAUAUACAGAGGAACCAAAGUACUAAUGAUUAAUGUUCCUAUAAGCUCUAGAAUUAUAUAUAACAAUUGCCUUACUCCUUAAGCUUUUAAGACUGUGUGGCUAAAGCUGCAACGGCAACUGAUUUUCUUUUAGGCAUAGAAGUUAAUUUGUAACCAAUAUCCAUUUUAUUAAUAUUUACAUUUGUACAGCAUAAUGAGAUGGCUCUAGUCCUUGGCCAAGACUCAUGGACACUGUUGUGGUGUGAAGACCCAUGCCGGGAAGGUUGGGUCUGCCAUUGUCUGAUGUUUACCUGAUUGUUUUGUGUCAAAUGUCCUUGAGUACACGGCACCUGUCAUGGCUCCUCUCCUGGCUCUCUCCACCAGGCUCUUAUUCUGUUCAUGGAUUGUGUGCAAGCCAGCUUUAAUCUUUGAAGAAGAGUGCAUUUGUUAGUGUCCAUCCAGGAACUUGGCAGCUUUAGACUCAUGGUGCUCUGAUAAAUGACAUAUGCAUAUGUAUCAACGAAUUGGGGGGAGGAACUACAUUAAUACGUGAAUUGGUUUCCUCCCUUUUAUUAUGCAUCAACUUGGCUCAGUGAGAGAAUGGCUGACCUCUAACUAUGUAGGGACUGGCACCUUCAGUGGGGCUGUUUCUCUCUCUCUCUCUCUCUCUCUCUCUCUCUCUCUCUCUCUCUCUCUCUCUCUCUCUCUCUCUCUCUCUCUCUCUCUCUCUCUCUCUCUCUCUCUCUCUCUCUCUCUCUCUCUCUCUCUCUCUCUCUCUCUCUCUCUCUCUCUCUCUCUCUCUCUCUCUCUCUCUCUCUCUCUCUCUCUCUCUCUCUCUCUCUCUCUCUACAACACAUUUUACAUGAAACAAAAUCUAUUCCUGACAUGUAGUAUUUUUAAGAACUCUUCCAGUGGGUGACCUCUUCUCAUUUCUAUCUUUUCUUUCUCUCAUUGCUCUAAUCCUCCUGUUCCCUGGUUGUGUACUCAGAGUCACUGGCUGUGUGUUUCUUAGGGAACUGACGUGUACUCAAGCACAUGUAGCAGUUCACGCAACAGACACGCCCCCAAUACCCUCCGUCCCAGAGGUGUUCCUUACCCCACUCCACUGUGAUGGCUUCAAAAUGUGUGACAAGAUAUAUACUUUUGUUAGUUAGAACUCAUACUAAGAGAGCCCCAAAAGUGUGAGUAGAAUCUUUAUGUGUGUGUGUAUGUUGUUGAAAUUUUGGACUUUUGUGCAGCGUUAUUACUGACGUAAAAUUAGGCAUAUAUGUAUUGGCUGUUUUUUGAAUUGGCUAUUUGUUGCCUCUAAAUUUCCUUUGUAUUGUGAAUUUUCGUGACAUUUUACUCAGCAGGUUUGGUAAAACUCAAUCUGUAUGGAACUGAUAUUCCCUUGAGAAUGUUGGAGGGACACUCAGACAUGCAGUGGUCAAGUUUUUUGAGGAGGAAUAUUGUAGUGGUUUUAUCUUGAACAAAAAGGGGAUGCAUUUUGCAGAUGUUGUCUUCCUUCAAGUUGGUCUGUUAGUAGAACACAAGAUGAAUAGCUUUGCAUUCAUCCAGAGUAAUGAAGACCAAGACUGUUCUCUUCUUGAGUGACUCUCUUGUUCUGUUGUGCUCAGGGUGGAGCCACUGACUGGGUGGAAUAGCCUUAUGUAUGUAAAAGGAGAGCAUCGGGUCCCAAACCUCUGUCAGUCAGUACUGGUCCCUGCAUUCAAAACAUUCUGUGAUCAGCAGAGUAGCUUCUUACUUUGCCUUCUUAACAAAUAAGUACAUGUAUAACUUUGCAUACAAAAAAGAUGGGGAAAUUACUGUUUAACUUAUACGAUAAAAGCUACAUUAGAUGAAAUAAUUCCUGAAUGUGAUAUCAUCAGUACCUUAUGAAAACAAACGUGCUUUUCAAAAAACAAACAUUACCAUAAGAAAAUUAAGAGUACGAAAACAUUAGACGUCACCACACCGGUAUCCCUUUAGAGACUCCAUGUACCCUCCAGACCCUCCCCCAUACUCUUGUCUGGGAAGCUGCAUAUUAGGAAACCUUUUGCCUCUGCUCCUCAUCCGUGUUUACCUCUGCCUCAGCUCACCCACAGGGCCUCAGAUGGUACAAAGCCUUACUAUGUUUUCAUUGUUUGGGCAGUCAGGAUUUGGUUGUGUUCCAUGAUGAACAGUGUAAGGAAAAUGUAGCGUUAUAGUUAUAUUUGCCAGUUAUAAAAUGAUGGCUCUCUUUAAUGAUAAUGAAGAUAGUGUAGUGUGCCUCAGCAAGAGAGAGAGAGAGAGAGAGAGAGAGAGAGAGAGCAACUAGUUAUUGCAUUUAUAUUCAUCCUAAGAUAUACAUUUUAAUUAUUCCAUUUUUUAUAUUGGUAAAUGAUAAUCAGGAGUAGCUUGGUAGUUUGUUGUCUUGCUUCUGAUGAGAGUUUGUGGACACCAGGAUGACACAUGAAGCUUCAGGCAGUGGGAAAGAUUACAGCACCACAGUCUAGUUUAUUUUUAUCAAAUGAGAUUGUCCAAGCUGCUUCUGUGUAGACUGCCUUUGUGCAUGUAUUUGUUCAAGGGUUAUGAUGCUUCUAGUUUUACCUUAGAUCUGAUUCUCUGUACUGUUCUGCGUCUUGAUUAGGAAAUGUUUGCUGGGAGACUCCAACUGCAAACUAUUCCACACACACACACACACACACACACACACACACACACACACACACACACACACACACACACACACACACACACACACAGCUUCAGUGUUUUGUAGCUGUCAUAAACUAUAGGAACAAGAGAUACAUAAGAUAAACUGAUAACUCUUCCACAAAUGCAUUUCUUAGUGACUUAAGGCUUCCAUACAGUAUCAUGUAUUACAAAACUCAGCCAGCAAUACAUACACAAAUGCACAUGAACUCAGCACAACCAGAUGUGCACAGUACAAUCACACGGCACCAUUAAUAUAUAAGUGAUAAGGGAUGAGGGUUUGUUGAUCUCGCUUCAUUGCUGUUAACUCUUUCACUGCUGCUUAGCAUGUCAUUCACAGUCACAAAACAAUCCUGAAACUUUUUUGCUUUGACCUCUAAUCAUCAUACAAGCUAGAAAUUGGGAAAUACAUUAAUUUUAUCCCUUUUUCUGUCUUGUAGGGCCUUGUAAUGAUUUUGUAGUGUAAGUCCUGUAGAUUGUUGUAUAUUUCAGUGAAAAGGUUAAACUGUUGUCCCUGUAGCAACUGGAGGGAGCUGAGACUUACCUGUAGGAGUAGCUGUGUUCCAAGUCCCGGUGUGAGAGGCCUUUGGUGCUCUGAGCCUAAGUGUUCAUGUUUUGUGUCUAUGAUUGUAUUAUGUACAUUGAUUUCUCAUUUUAGUUCGUAACAGGAAUUGAACAGUGUAAGAAAGACCAUGAUGUAUGGUGUUUUUAUUGAGGCAUCAUGAUGAGUAGCAACACACAGGCAAGAGCUUCAAAAUCACUGCUUUUGGACAAUUUUUCAUUUGUGAAAUUUGUUUUUUUGAAGUGUCCCCACAGCACAGCCAUUAGUUGUGUGAGAACGUAGUGGUGGUUGGUUGAACACAGCAGCACAGAAUCCUUGCAAGUGUCCCCACAGCACAGCCAUUGUUUGUGUGGGGACAUAGUGGUGAUUGGUUGAAAAUAGCAGCACAGAAUCCUUGCAAGUAUCCCCACAGUACAGCCAUUGUUCAUGUGGGGAUGCGGUCUUGGUUGAUUGAACACGGCUAUGCAGAACCCUCAACACAGCGCAAGGUACAACACGAGGCGUGAUGUGACAGAGUUGUUACAGUUAUGUCAUUUGAUUUGUAGAUUUUUCAAGAAUUUUUGUAAUAAACUCUUUGGAACCUGACUCAA